AUGGUCAAGACAAACUUGACAGUCAUUUCAAAUUUUGUUUUUCUGGGAUUUACUCACUACUCCAAUGUUGAAAUCAUCAUAUUUGUUCUGUGCUUGCUGAUGUACCUGGUCACCUUGUUGGGUAACAUCGUUCUGAUCUGCAUCACCAUCCUGGAUUCCCGCCUACACACACCCAUGUAUUUCUUCCUCAGCAACCUCUCCUUUCUGGACAUCUGGUACACCUCUUCUGCUCUCACUCCAAUGCUGGCCAACUUUGUGUCAGGCAAAAACACCAUCUCAUUCUCAGGAUGUGCCUCUCAAAUGUAUUUCUCUCUUGCCAUGGGCUCCACUGAGUGUGUGCUCCUGUCCAUGAUGGCAUAUGACCGAUAUGUGGCCAUCUGCAAGCCCUUGAGGUACCCCACCAUCAUGAACAAGAGGGUUUGUGUGCAGAUUGCAGCUGGCUCCUGGGUGACAGGCUGCCUCACGUCCCUGGUGGAAACUAUGUCUGUGCUGCAUCUGUCUCUCUGUGGAAAUAACAUUAUCAAUCAUUUCACUUGUGAAAUUCUGGCUGUCUUGAAACUGGUUUGUGUAGACACUUCCAAAGUGCAGUUAAUCAUGCUGGUGGUCAGCAUACUUCUUCUUCCUAUGCCGAUGCUUCUAAUUUGUAUCUCUUAUGCGUUUAUCCUCACCAACAUCCUAAGAAUCACCUCAGGGGAGGGUCGAAGCAAAGCCUUUUCUACGUGUGCAGCCCACCUAACUGUGGUGGUUUUGUUCUAUGGGACGGCUCUCUCCAUGUACUUGAAGCCCUCAGCUGUCAAUUCACAAGAAAUAGAUAAAUUUAUGGCUUUGGUAUAUGCUGGAUUAACUCCCAUGUUGAAUCCUCUCAUUUACAGUCUACGAAACAAAGAGGUGAAAGUGGCUGUGAAAAAACUACUGAUUAAGAACCCUCUUUGUACUCUUCUCUUUCACAGUAGCAAAUAA